CAAGGUUGCUGUACCAGUGGAAAGUCACCUCAAGCUAAUGACAGCUAGCCCAGCGUCGCACACAGCAUCCUCUUUCCAUCCUAAACCACACUCAUUUGUGUGUGUUUCUCAACGCCGCGAAGAUUUUUUUUUUUAUAAAAGUGUAAAUUUUAACACGAGCAACUUCUUUUAUCGCUACCGUCUCGUUAAACCUAGUUUACGAAUAGCUCCGAGCGGCUGUCAUCUUCAUUCCUCCCCCCAAAUUUCAAGCUAGCAUCAUGGCUGCAUUGAGAGCGUCCUAUCACAGGAUUCUGGAUUCUAUCGAGCAUAUGCUGCCCGCCAAACUGAGACCUCUGUACAACCACCCGGCAGGUCCAAAAACGGUGUUCUUCUGGGCGCCCAUGUUUAAAUGGGGCCUGGUUGCUGCUGGCUUAGCUGACAUGACACGGCCAGCAGAAAAGCUGAGCACCUCCCAGUCUGCAGUACUGACGGCAACAGGCCUGAUCUGGUCCAGAUAUUCGCUGGUCAUCAUACCAAAGAACUGGAACCUGUUCGCUGUCAACUUCUUCUUGGGCAGCGCCGGAGGCUCCCAGCUCUACAGGAUUUGGAGAUACAAGCAGGAUCAGAAGGCUCAGGGGGCAACAGAGUCCUGACCGUGAAGUAAAAGGUCAACUUCUUGCCAGGGCACCCACAGGCCUGCCCCGCACGCCCCCCCUCUUCAUUUGUACAUCGCAUCAUCUUCGUUUCCACGUGACAUCCAUGACAGCAACAUGAUCCGACCAUAUUUAACAUACAUUUCCCUGCUGGAAAUGUGCACUUUCCCUAAAAUUCCAAGUUUCCUCAGGGCAUAUAAUUGACAUAAAAACUAAAGUGAAAAUAACACUUGAUGAUGGUCACUAACGCAAAAGUUAUAACUUGUUUAUUAACAAGUUGUUUGAUUGUACAUUUAGUUUGUAUAUCAUUUUUCAGGUGUAGCAGUCAUUACCUCAUGCAACCAUUUCCCAAAAACAUUCACUUUGAAGAUUAUCCAAAGCCAUUGAAGGGCAUCACAUUUUUAGUCAUUUAUUUAUAAUAUGGUGAUUAAACUAUGAUUUUAAUGGCUUUAAACUUUGAGAACAAAUCACUUCAUUGUUUCACUUUUCCUUCUCUUAUCACGGUAACUGUAUAACACGAUUUGUGUGUUACUUGUGCAGCUUGUAAUGCUACACAAAAGUCGCAAGCUAACACUGAACCGCUAGUGAUGUCUCAUGCCUCUUUGCUCUUAGGGAAGUCUUUUUUUUAUAAAUAUAUUUGUGUUUGUUGUUUUUUCACCACAUUUGUUAAUUGUAACCCCCUCACUGUAAUGGUAAUAAUUUAUCUCACUUUAAUGUCACCUGAUCUGCUGAGUGAUGGAGCAAAUGGCACUUUGAGGCACUGUGGAAGUGUAAUUGCUGUUAUGAAAGGCUAAUAAAUCCUGUUCAACUAAUACAAUCUGAUUUGUUCAGUCGCAUUCAAACCUGCUUAUCGAUGACGUUUAAACAUGCAAAAUUGAACAGGACAUUUCUUUUCAGAUAUUUCCGCUUUAUGUCACCCUGCGGCCCGCGUACAGCCUGGAAGAAAUGGAAUACAAAGCUCAUAUAUAUUAGAACACAUUUCAAAUAAAACAAAAAUGCACAGAGAUGAUGGUUACCCAAAAACUUUUAUUCACAACCGAAAACGAGGUGCCGCGGCUUAGCGUUUUCCACCAACGCGGGGUGCGUUCACCUUCAUGGGCUUGGCGAUCUUGGGCUUCUGUGCAGCCUUGGUGGCA